AGCUACUCAGCUAUGGAGUUUGAGGUGAGAGCAGUGGGAGGAAUCGAGAGCUGCUUCGUCUCCCUUCCUCUCUCCCUCAUCCAAACCCUUCAGACCGGUUACCUCCCUCCAAUUCUAGCGCUCGAGCUCCGCUCCGACGAUCGCCUCUGGCAAGUCGCGUGGUGCGGCGGCGCCUCGAAUUCCCCUUCCUCAAUUGAGAUAGCUCGCCACUAUGCGGAUUGCAUUGGAUUGAGCGAUCGGACCUCGGUUAAAGUGCGUGUGGUCAGUAAUUUGCCGAAAGCUACGCUUGUGACGGUUGAGCCGCUGACGGAGGAUGAUUGGGAGAUUCUGGAGCUCAAUUCGGAGCUUGCUGAAAGUGUUAUUUUGAAGCAGGUUGGAGUUGUACACGAACAAAUGAAAUUUCCGCUGUGGUUGCAUGGACAAACAGUUGUCACAUUUCUUGUUAUGUCAAUCUUUCCCCAGAAUCCAGUAGUUCAACUUGUUCCUGGGACUGAAGUUGCAGUAGCUCCGAAGAGACGUAAAAAUCCGUCCCUGCAAUCUCCAGAUGAGGUUCACACAAUUGCUAAAGCACAACUUCGGAUCCAAGAUUCAGAUAAUAAGUCUAUUUAUAAAUACGAGGAGAAUGGCAUUGAAAUGGACGUUGUACUCACAUUUGGUGUUUAUGUCCAUCCAGAAACAGCUAAGAAAUAUUCUUUCAGUUCUUGUCAGCUUGUAGAGAUAUCUCCACGGCCUCUAUCUAAAAAUAGCAAGAAAAAGCUGCAAUCUAGAAGCAAAACAAAUGAAAAUGUAGCCAACAAUGGUAUUCAUAACGAUAAGGGGAAUUCCCCUCAGCAUCUCAUCGUCCAUCUAUUAUUUUGUGAAUCAGUGUCAAAAGGGCACAUAAUGCUAGCUCAGUCCCUUCGCCUGUAUUUGGGGGCAGAAUUACACUCAUGGGUACAUGUCAAAGGGUGUAUCAUUAGUGCAAAAAAAGACAUAGCUCCCUUUUCUAUUUCACCAUAUCAUUUCAAGAUAUUUGAAAAGAAUCAGUUUAUGGAGAAUAACAGCCCAGAAGUUGCAAGCAACCGUGAGUACCAUAAACAAAAAGAUAGUCUUGAUAGUAUUAGUUCAAAUGCAGAACUGGGUGUUAGUGAUUGGUCUAUGCAUGACAAGGUUGUUGCAGCACUUUCUUCUGGACUUUUCCAUGAAGAGGUUGAAGGUUCAGCUACUAAGACCAGGGAAAGACACAGGAAAGUUGGUCAUAGAAAUGGUUUAUCAGAUCUUUUACGUGUGUGGUGUAUAGCCCAGCUUGAAACUUUUGCUUCAAAUUCAGCAGAAGACGUAAGCUCAUUGGUUAUAGGAAGCAAAAACUUACUUCAUUUAAAAGUCAAAUAUGAGAGUUUGCCUAUAGAUUGGAAGAUACAAACAUCUGGUAAAAGUUUCCCCAGAAACAGAAACCAAGCUGAAGAUGCAUGGGUUGAUAUCCUUUAUAUGCUGUCACUUGUUGAUGAAUCUUUGCAUGAUGGCGACUAUAAUACCUAUGAACUUGCAUUUGACAAAGGCGGGAGAAACUUUUCUUCAAAAAGUUUAGACAUGUUGCUAGAGAAGCUGCAGCUGGGUGAUAUGUUAUUCUCUCAUGUUGCCCCUUCAGUAUUUCCUGGAAAUGUCCUUUCUGCUUCAAGUUCUUCAUUGGACUGGAUGGGUACAGCUCCAUCUGAUGUAAAUCACAGGUUGAUCUCUUUGUUGUCUCCUACUUCUGGAAUGUUGUUCAGUAUCUAUAAUCUGCCGUUGCCUGGGCAUAUUCUAAUAUGCGGACCUGCAGGUUCUGGAAAAACAUUAUUGGCCAAAGCCUCUGCAAAAUAUAUUGAAGGCUGUAAAGAUAUUUUGGCACAUGUAGUCUUUGUGUCUUGUUCUAGGCUCACUCUGGAGAAGCCUUCAACUAUUCGUCAAGAACUUUCCAGCAACAUAACUGAAGCACUGGAUCAUGCACCUUCUGUCAUCAUCUUGGAUGAUCUUGACAGCCUUGUUGCAUCUUCCUCGGAUCUGGAGGGGUCUCAACCUUCAUCAUCUUCUGCAGCAUUCAUUGAGUUUCUUGCUGAUAUAUUAGAUGAGGGAAAGCAAAGGAGCUUUUGUGGGACUGGUCCCAUUGCAUUCAUUGCUACUGUGCAAUCCCUGACUAAUUUUCCACAGAGCUUGAGCUGUUCUGGACGGUUUGACUUUCAUGUCAAUCUUCCUGCACCUGCUGCUGCUGAACGGUCAGCUAUAUUGAAGCAUGAGAUGGAGAAACGAUCAUUGCAAUGUUCUGAUGAUCUCCUGUCAGAUAUAGCAUCAAAAUGUGAUGGAUAUGAUGCUUAUGAUCUAGAAAUACUGGUAGACCGAUCUGUGCAUGCAGCCAUUGGUCGCUCAUUAUCUGCUGAUUUGGGAUCUAAAGAAAAUAGAAAGCCUACUUUGAUCCGGGAUGACUUUCAGCAAGCAAUGGAAAAUUUUCUACCAGUGGCCAUGCGAGACAUCACUAAACCAGCUACAGAAGGUGGUCGCUCUGGUUGGGAAGAUGUUGGUGGUCUUAAUGAUAUUCGAAAUGCUAUUAAAGAGAUGAUUGAACUACCUUCAAAAUUUCCCAACAUAUUUGCACAAGCACCAUUAAGAUUGCGGUCCAAUGUUCUCUUAUAUGGUCCUCCUGGUUGUGGGAAAACACAUAUUGUUGGUGCAGCUGCUGCAGCAUGUUCACUACGGUUCAUCUCAGUGAAAGGGCCCGAAUUGCUUAACAAGUAUAUUGGUGCUUCUGAACAAGCUGUUCGGGAUAUCUUCUCAAAAGCAGCUGCAGCAGCUCCCUGCCUACUCUUUUUUGAUGAAUUUGAUUCUAUAGCUCCAAAGAGAGGACAUGAUAAUACCGGUGUAACUGAUAGAGUUGUCAAUCAGUUUCUAACAGAAUUGGAUGGUGUUGAAGUCUUGACUGGUGUAUUUGUUUUUGCUGCUACUAGUCGACCAGAUUUGCUUGAUGCUGCACUUCUACGGCCUGGUAGGCUGGACCGACUUUUAUUUUGUGAUUUUCCAUCACACCAGGAGAGGCAAGAGAUUCUUAAGGUCCUCUCAAGAAAGUUACCAAUGGACGGUGAUGUCGACUUGGAGCAGGUAGCUCGAAUGACUGAAGGCUUCAGUGGAGCUGACCUUCAAGCGCUUCUCUCUGACACACAACUUGAAGCGGUUCACGAGCUUUUAGAUAACGAUGAUGUCAGCACGACUAAAAAGAUGCCUGUAAUCACAAAUGCUCUCUUGAAGUCCAUCGCGUCCAAUGCUAAACCGUCAGUAUCAGAAGCUGAGAAGCGAAGGUUGUACGAUAUCUACAGCCAGUUUCUUGAUUCAAAGCGAUCAGCCGCUGCACAGUCGAGGGAAGCAAAAGGUAAACGUGCGACGUUAGCCUAAUGUACUUGGAGUUCGGGGAAGAAGGUAUGUAUCCAUAGUAGCAUAUAGCAAGCUUUAUAUGUACAACAGAGUUCGGUUUAGAAAUUGUUGAUGGAAUUCGAACUCGAAUUUCAAUUAUAAAUUUACUUACUAUCUACUGAUA